AUGAGUAAUUUAUUAAACUAAUCUGAAGAUUAUUAAUAAAAUAGAGGUUCUAUAUCUCCAUUAAUUAAAUCUUCUUUAGAUAAAAACUAACUAAAGCUUUAAAAGCAGAAGCAGAACAGCCUAGCUACUUUUACUAAUAAUAAUAGCUAAUAUUUAUCAGGCUACAGCAGUAAUUCUAAGUAAGCCUACAACUUAUCUUCUUAAAAUUUAUACAAUAAAACUUCUUGUUAUAGUAUUUCUUCUACUUAGCCCAACUAAAAAUAAUAAGCUUAGAAUAUUACAUACGAAAAUAACGUAAUCAAAAAAAUGGAUGGCAGAACCAACUCCCAACACCAAAUACCAUGCAAUAUUUAAAACGUAGUCAAUUUAAGUGGCUAUCAAAGUUCAUUAAAUAUGUAGAAUGUAGACAAUUCGAAGUCUACUGACACUUCGCCUUAAUUCAGAAGCGUUAAUGGUAUUACGAACGUAUCUAAUAGCAAUUUAUUUACUCAAAUUAAUCUGCAAUAAAAAAAUUAAUAGCAUCAGUAGAUGAAUUCUUCUAGUUUAAUUUAAUCUCAACUAAAUGCAAGUGGGAAUAACUUCCUUUCUCAGUCAAACUAAAUUAAUGGAAAUACUAAGUAAUACUUUAAUAGCUUUGCAAAUAAAACUCUUCCAUAGAGUAUUACUUAAUAAAGUGUGAUGAGCCCUGGAUUUUAUCAGUAUGAAAAGCCAAAAGACCCAUAUUUACAAAUAGCUCCUCAAAGCUCUAACUCUUUUAGCUUAUAAAAACCUAAAUCAGCAAAUUUAGGAAAUUAUUCUUAGUAGCAAUUGCAAUAGUAAAUAUAUAGUUCCCCAUUGAAGAAUAAAAGUGGCGGUUUAGAAAUAUUUGAUAAAAAUACCAAUCAAGCAAGCAAAAUAACAUAAAUUCUAAAUAAUCAUGGCAGGAACAGUUAAGUGUUAGAGAGCAAUAGUAAUUUGAUAAGAACAAAAAAUAAUUCUCUUCAAAUAUAAUAUGUUAGUAAAGAUUCAUCAUAUUAAAAAUAAUAAUAACUUUAGAAUGACAUAUAUUAAAACUUAAAGUUUUUUGAAUAAAAAAAAUCUUCUAACAAUGAUAAAAAUUAAAGUAAUAAUUUAAAUAAUACUAAGUAUCAUUAUCACAUUAAUAUAAAUAGUUCUGAUAACCCAGUCACUUCAUCCAAUGUUACUGAAGAUGAAGGGGCAAAACUAUACACUAUAGAUAGUGGAAGUAUUAAAAGUUAAAACCAAAAAAAUAGCAUCAACAAUAAUAGUAAUAAUAAUUAGAACAAUAUAUAAUAUCAAUAGGAUGAUUAAGCAAAGAUAAUCGAAUUAGAAAAAGAAAACAAUGAAUUAAAAGAAAGAAUCAAGAGUUUAGAGCAUAGAGAAAAGCUACGUGAAGCGUAGAUAGAGUUGUAGAUUUGUUAAGCUAGAGAGCAGUACAACAUUUAAAAUGAGAAAAACCUAAAGAAACAGAUGGAGGAGCAUCUUCUAAAAGAAUAACAAAUAAAGAAAGAGUUCGAAUGGAAGUUAAAUUAAUCUGCCUGUAACAAUGAAGUUUUAUAAUUACUUCAUUCUCUUAUGGAUUAAAAAGAAGAGAUGAUGAAGUAAAUGAAAUAAAUUUAAGAGAAGUUCAGUGAAAGCGAACUAAAAAUUGAUGACAAGUAAUAGAAUAUUGAUUUGAAACUUGAGUAAUCUCCCUCAUCUAUCGAUAAUUUGAUUCAACGUUCACAGAACAGCUAAAAUAACAUUGCAAAUGGCACCUUCAAAAAAAUAACUCUUUAGUCAGUUAAUUUAAGCUAAAGUGCUAAUCCAUUAAACAUGUAAGACUUUAUCAAUAACCAAGUUACAAAAAUGGAAGCAGAAACUAUUAAUGAAGAGGAUGACUGCAGUACUGGUACUAAUUAAGACACUAUGAGAAACGUUUAAAAAAGAAAAAACUAUCAACUCAAAAAAGAAGGCUCCAAAAGUACAAACGAUGAAAUUAUGACUAACAGCAUCGGGUUUUAGACAAUCGAAAAAAACGAAAAGUGCUUUAAUGAUGAGUUUAUUUCUAAUUCACCAUCUCCUAUGUCUAAAAAGAAAUCUCUUAGAAAUAGCUCACUUCUCAUUAGUUCUGAGAGUAGAAUAGAAGAACUUGAAAGACUAAUUGGAGCCAAAAAUCAUGAGAUUUAAAUUCUUAAAUAAAAACUGUAUUAAAUCAAAGACUACCUGAUUAUAAAUCUCACUAAAUUUCAAAGGCUAAAUAUUCCUAAUGACUUGAUUGAUCUAGACAUUUAACCUAUGAAGAGAAGAAAAUCAUUUUCCUCUUCUUCUGAUCUGCACUCUUUGGGAACUCUUAACAAUGCGAGAAAGCAAAUAUAAAAUAGCAUCAUGGAGUGGUCAUAUUCUUUGGAUUGCUCUGGAAGCGUAGAGAGACUCAUAGAAGAUGGAUGGAAAAUAUAAGAAAUGCAUUGCAAAGCUAAUCUUCAUGAAUUAGAAUAGGUCAUUGGUGUGCUAGGUAUGCCAAAAUCUGGCAAGACUACCUUAAUUAAUGGGUUGAUGAAAGGAAGCUUGCAGACAGUAGAGGAGUUGAAAAAAACAACCUAUUUUGAUCCCAAACUGAAUAUUAUUUUAGAUGAAAAUAUUGCUAUUUUUGAGUAUUCUUACAUGCAACCUAUUCAAAUUGACAACUAGUAACAAAUCAGCUAGAGCAGCAUCACUGAUCUCGCCUAACAAAAGUAGUUCUCUACUAUGAUUGAAGAGCAAAUAGCUAAGACAAACAGAAGAGAUUUCUUUUGGAUAGAUUUCUUCAUUAAAAACACACAAACUUUAAUAAUCGUUUUUGAUAAAUUUACUUAAGAAGAAUAAAAGAUGUUAAGCGAAAUUCUCAACAGAAUUGAAAAUGAGGAGUCAUUAGUAGUAAAAGAGCUUAUUUUGAUUCAUAAUUACUAUAGCAAAGGAUUGAAUAGUGCUUAGGAAUUACAAACAUACUUCGGAUAAUCCCUUUAACAUAUAGAUGCGAAUUUCAAGCAAAAAUCAAUGGUAGAACUAAAAGUUUAUAAAACUUCCUUAAUUUAGAAAAAUACACAGUCCAAGAAAUACAUCUAAAUUACUCAUAUACUAAAUGGAAAUCUAUUUGAACCAUUUGCAGAUAAGUAUUAACAUGCUAUGCUUUAAUACUGUAUGAAUAGAUUGAGUGAAAUCUAAAAUCAAAAAAAAUUUUUACCUUCCUUUGAAUAGUUUUUAAAGAAUAAUAUUUCUAAUUACUUUAGCUAGAAUUACAACAUAGAUUCCUUCUAAGCAAUAUAACCUUAAGCUGAUAUAAAUGCCUUUAGAAACUAUUAUUUGGACUUUGAUGAAUAAAACUCUUCAAUAACCUUCAAGCUAAAACACCAGUAAUGA